AUGUUGAUGAAGACUGCGGUGGCGGCCCUCAUGGGUCUGGCCAUGGUUGCCGAGGCUGCCUCGGUUCAUCAGUACAGGUCCCCGAUUGCGUUGGAACGACGGCAGAACAGGUUCAACGGAAAGUUCAAUGGCGGUCAGGGUGGCAACAACAACAACAACAACAACAACCAGAACCAGGGCGGGAACAACAACAACCAGAACCAGGGAGGCAACAACAACAACAACGGCAACAAUAACAAUAACAACAACAACAACAACAAUAACGGGGGCAACAAUAAUGGGGCCACCGAGACUUGCCUUGCCCCCAACGCCAUUCAGACCGGUUCGCAAUCAACCGGCCAGAACGGCGCGGUCCCCGCUGAUGGUCAGGUCAACUCUGCCACUGACAACGCCAAUUUCAUCAAUUUCUGCGCUGGCGAGACUUUGACCAACGGUCUGCAGAACAGGGAUGGCUCCUGCAACGGUAUCCCCAUGGGCAAGAUUCCCUCUGUCAAUCGGAUGGUCUCUACCGUCAUUACCAACCCCAACAAUUUUGACGAUCUGGAAGCGCUCACGACCUUCAACGUCGUUGUCAACGUGCAAAACAUGCAGCUCGGCUCCUUCACCAACGCCACGAGCACCUACUACUCGGCCCCCCAGGAUCUCAACGGCGCAGGUCAGAUCAUCGGCCACACUCAUGUCACGAUCCAGGAUACCGGUAACACGUUGAAUCCCCAAACGCCCCUUGACCCAACCCAAUUCGUCUUCUUCAAGGGGAUCAACGAUGCCGGAAACGGUCAGGGUGUGCUCCAAGCUGUGGUGGACGGCGGUCUGCCUGCUGGCUGCUACCGUUGCUGCACCAUUACCAGCGCUUCCAACCACCAGCCUAUUGUGAUGCCUGUUGCCCAGCGUGGCGCCCAGGAAGAUUGUCGUUACUUUAGCGUAGGCGGUGCCUGCGGUAAUGGCAAUGGCAAUAACAACAACAACGGCGGGAACAACAACAACGCUGGCAACAACAACGGCGGAAACAACAACAACGCUGGCAACAACAACGCUGGGAACAACAACAACGCUGGCAACAACAACAACGCUGGGAACAACAACAACGCUGGCAACAACAACAACGCCGGGAACAACAACGCUGGCCAGGGCAAGAACCAGGGCAACCAAAACAACAACGCCGGCCAAGGCAAGAACCAGGGUAACCAAAACGGCAACGCCGGUGGCAAUGCCAAUGCUGGCGACAAUGCCAACGCUGGUGGCAACGCCGGCCAGGGCAAGAACCAGGGCAACCAAAACAACAACGCCGGCCAAGGCAAGAACCAGGGUAACCAAAACGGCAACGCCGGUGGCAAUGCCAAUGCUGGCGACAAUGCCAACGCUGGUGGCAACGCCGGCCAGGGCAAGAACCAAGGAAAGAACCAAGGGGGCCAGGGCAAGCAGCAAGGCGGUCAAAAUGCCAACGCUGACGCCAACGCCAACGCUGGGGCUAAUGCUGGUGGUGCCAUUGGCGGUGUCGAGGCGCCCGCAGUAGAAGACAGUGGUGAUGCUGCCCGGCCCUUCUCGGUGAACGGCGCCACCUUCGUCAACCGGGAAGCGGCCGUGCAGCGCGCCUGCGCCAUCCAGAACAAUGGCUGCGCCAACGCUGUGAACUCAGGGCAAGCCCAGGGGGCGUCCGUUGCCGACUGCAACGCGCAAGAAGCCGCAUGCCGUGCUGCCGCCUAG